ACCGUAUUAAUAGGUCGAAAUAUCGAAUUAUAAUUUUAAUGUUUUAGUUCUAAUUGUUUAAUUUUUAUUUUUUAUUAUUUGAUUAAAACUUUUUAUUAAAAUUCUUAAUAUGAUAGCCGCAUUGGUUUUAAAAUUUCUAUUGGAAAACUUAAUAUUUCUCGAUUUGAACGUUUAUGAAAAACAUAAUUUAUGACUAGAAACUGAGAUCAGAAAGUAUAGUAACUAAAAUAUAUUUUUGUUGAUUGCGUCUACUUUUAGUGUCUUCAAUUGUGUCGUCUUUGGCGCACAAUCUGUUGGUCAGGCGGCAUCACUAGUACCAGAUUAUAGUAAAGCAACUGAAUCAGCUUCAAAUAUUCUUGAUUUAUUUGCAAUAAAACCAAAAAUUGAUAACGGUUCAACCGAUGGAGAACAAAUAGCCAAUUUUAAUGGUGAAAUUGAAUUCGAUGGUGUGUAUUUCGUGUAUCCAAACAGACCGGAAGCAAUCGUUCUAAGAAAUUUGAAAUUAAAAAUUAAGCCUGGCAGUAGUGGAUGUGGAAAAUCGACCACGGUACAACUGCUAGAACGCUUCUACGAUGCAGUUGUAGGUCGAUUGCUACUAGAUUCGAAAGAUGUUCGAAGCCUUAAUUUACAAUGGUACCGUUCUCAAAUUGGUAUCGUAUCGCAAGAACCUAUUUUAUUCGAUGUGUCUAUUAGAGAAAAUAUUGCGUAUGGUGAUACUUCAAGAGAAGUGCCAAUGAAUGAAAUUAUAGAAGCAGCAAAAAAUGCUAAUAUUCAUAACUUUAUUGAACAAUUACCUCUGGGUUACGAUACGAAUUGUGGAAGUAAAGGAACACAAUUGUCAGGCGGGCAGAAACAAAGAAUUGCAAUAGCUCGAGCAUUAGUAAGAAAUCCAAAAAUUUUAUUACUUGAUGAGGCAACAAGUGCCUUGGAUCAAGAAAGCGAAACAGUUGUACAGGAAGCUUUGGAUCGGGCACAACAAAAUCGUACAUCAAUUACAAUUGCUCAUAGACUUUCAACAAUUCAAAAUGCAGAUUUAAUUUGUGUAAUAAGACAUGGGCGGGUUGUUGAAAGCGGACGACAUAAUGAAUUGUUAGCGAAACAAGGCUAUUACUUUAAACUAGCUCAAAGCAAGCUAAAGUGA